CAAUGUGAAACGCAUUUUAAAGAAACGUAUUGUAACGCGCCCCUAACCGGAUAUCGGUCUAGAGCUCGGGGUGUGAAUCGUGGUAGCGAGAGUGAUGUCGCCAUUCUGUAAACGAAUUUUGAGGAGAGAAGACGUUCCGCGAGUGAGUUUAUAUUUUGCAAAGAGUUUGUCGAGCACAUUUAAGUUGCAAUUCGUAAUCAGGAAUACAGUGAAGUACGAAUACGACAUGGCGCAGUCGGCAGAUAAAACGGCACGCACGCGAGAACAGAAGAAGAAGAAGACCAAAGAUUUGGCCCGUGAGUUAGCUGAAGAGAAGGCCAAGAAUGCGACAUUGAUGGAAGCAUUAGAUCGCAGUCUUCACGAAAAUCCUGAUUUGGAUUUCAACGUGGAGAACAGAAUGAGCAGUACUCGACAGGCGGGUCCACAGAGCUUCGAAGAGUCGAAAUUUUUUUCAUCCAUGAAUCAGCUGUCAAUCGCAUCAAUCAACGUGCCCGAAUGCAAAGCACCAGAUGGUGAAGAGAUACAUCGUCAAACAUAUGAGAUGUGGAAAGAUCUGCUGGUGGAUUCUCUCAAGCUGGCGGGAGUAGACGAUGAAUCCACAAAAUUCACGGUUUUUAAAGUUAAGGCUGGAACUCGGCUUCUGGAAAUAUACCGGAAUACCAAAUCUCGAGAUGAUGCACCUGAUCAAGUUACCGAACCUUUCUCGAAUGCGUUACAUCGCCUCCGGACGUACUUCGGAUCGGGAUCGGACGUAAUGUUGAUGAGACGUAAGCUGUCGCUAAUGAUGCAGAAACCAGAUGAAACCGACCUUAGCUUUAUAACAAGAGUCGGUUCAACAGCACGAUUGUGUGAAUUCAAUGCUGAAAAAGAGUUUGAAGAAAUUGUGUCUACCGUAGCGGAACACGCUAGAUGCAGAGAGGUUCGAACCACGGCUUUAAAAAUGUUAAGUCGAAAAUGCACUUUUAUUGAUCUGGUGGACAAGGUGCGGAACUUGAGACCAUCAGGUUAAACGAAGAAUACGUAAUGCGCAGACAUCGCGAUACAGAGACAGCAUCAGUCGCUCCGGUUCAGUCAUUCGCUGGAUGGGACUCCACACGAGAGCAAAGAUAUCCAGGGAGCUUCAUUUCCCGUGGAUCACGUGGUGGUGGUUUUCAACGCGGCAUUUCAAGUCGUCGAGGUACAUGGCAGAGUAAUAGAGGCAGACAACGUGGCGGUUAUCAAACUCACCAAUUCAGAAAUGACCCACCGCGAGGUGAACGAUGCUGGAGAUGCGGUGGAGUGUAUCAUACAGCAAUGGAUUGUACUGCGAGAGACAAAAAUUGCAACAGGUGUGGACGCCUUGGACACAUCCAAAGAGUGUGCACAUACUCGGAGACUAACAAGCGUGUUGCAAUGGAAACAUUGGAUACGGUUCCUAAAAAGAUCGCUGCAAUUGAGAUUCCAGAGGAAAAACUUAAAGAGGACCCGGUAAGUGGAACUGCGGAAACCACUAUUUGAGAGACAAUUUAUCAUGUAAAAUUUAAUAAUGUUUACUGUUUAUUGAAGUUUCGAGGUUAUUAACAAAAUUAAAAUAAAAUUUGAACUCGUUAAAUAUUUAGUUUUGCUGAAAAAUGACUAAC